GUGGCGACGGCGGACUACGCCGCCCGCCGGCAGGAAAGGGCAGGUCUGCGCGGCGGCCCAGGCUCGCUCCCGAGGCGACACUGAGUCGGGGCCGCGCGGGAGCGACAUGCGUGCGCGCUCGGGCCUGUGACCCGCUCUGGGAUGGACAGCGGCUCCGUGGCGGCCGAGCGGCCGAAGCGCACACCGGGUCGCCAGCGGCUCCUGUCCUCCGGCUGCGGAGUUCCGGCGCGCCUCGGCGCUUCCACGCUUCCCGGCGGGCGAAGCUGGCUGAAGCCCCGCGGAAGGGCCGCCCGCGCGUCCCCGCUGCUGCUCCUCCUGCUCGUGCCCUCCCCGCGCCUGGCCGCCACCGCCCCGCGGAGGACGCUGGCUGAGCGCUCGCGCCCGGGGCUCGUCCUCCCCGCGGCCGCGCUCGGCGCCGGCAGGAGCGCGCUGGGCCGUCUGCGGCUGGGCGCCCGGCGUGUGGCCGCGCUCGCGAGCAGCCGGAGAGAGCUAAGCUUGUCUGCUAAGUGCCAUCAGCUAGAGCACAGAAAGGGGAACUUGCCCUCCUCUGUGAGUCGGCAGCUGUACUUUGACACCCACGCUCUGGUGUGCUUACUUGAAGCAAAUGGGUUUACCAUUCAACAAGCAGAAAUCAUUGUGUCUGCACUGGUCAAGAUCACAGAGACCAACAUGGACAUUGUCUACAGAGACAUGGUCAGCAAGAUGCAGCAGGAAAUCGCACUUCAGCAAAUAAUAUCUAAGAUUGCUAACGUGAAGAAAGAUAUGAUCAUCUUGGAGAAGAGUGAGUUUUCAGCCCUCAGAGCAGAAAAUGAGAAAAUAAAACUUGAACUGCACCAGUUAAAGCAACAAGUGAUGGAUGAAGUGACCAAAGUCCGGACAGAUACCAAAUUAAACUUCAAUCUAGAAAAAAGCAGAGUAAAAGAAUUGUACUCACUGAACGAGAAGAAGAUGCUGGAACUGAGGACAGAAAUAGUGUCGCUGCAUGCCCAGCAAGAUAGAGCCCUGACCCAGACAGACAGGAAGAUAGAAACCGAGGUGGCCGGCCUCAAGACUAUGUUGGAAGCGCACAAACUUGACACAAUCAAAUACUUGGCAGGGUCUGUGUUUACGUGCCUAACAGUAGCUCUGGGAUUUUAUCGCCUGUGGAUAUAAUAAAGUGUCUAUCUAUUUAAAGAAAUUCCCAUUGUUUUGCCAUAAGAAUACCAGAUUGUUGGCCCACCCACCCAACUCCUUCUUCCCCCCCUUUUUUUUCUUGUUUCAAGUUUUAAUCCUAAUUUGACUUCAUGCAUAUUGUUUAUUUCUGUGCAAACUGUGGAUCCGUAACCAAGGUGAAGGAAGUCAGGAUUUCGGUAAUCAUUCUUCGGAGCAUCUCUGUUUAGUUGGCUUUUUGGCUGAGCUGUGUGGAUGGACACUCUUUCAAGACUCCUUUCAGGCCAGCCAAUGGACUUUGUCUAAGCUGCAGUAUUUGACAAAACUAAGUACUGUAUUCUCUACAGCUUUAAGUAGUUUGUAAGGUGGAGAGCGUGGGAACGCAUUUUUGAAAACAAGGUAGCUUGAAAUCUGAAGAAUCAUUGGAACCAAGCAGGAACACCAGCCCUUCUGUGCCUUAGGACAGCCGCACCCCGUGCAGGCCUGCCUCUGCUGCAGCAGAUGCAGUGUUAAUGAUGCAGGACUCUGCUCCACCUUAGGGGCCUUUGUCUCUGGGUUCUCAUUGUCUUAGUAACAUUGUUAAUGUGCCUUGCAGCUGGAAGUCUAGGUACCUAAUGAAGCUUUGUGAUUUUAGCACAAGUUCUCUUAACACUGCCACGCCUGCGUUUCUGCUUUUGAGACAAGGUCUUGUUAUUUAGCUCAGGUUGGCUUUGAACUUACCAUCCCGACUCAGCACUGUGCCCAGCCUCUACCUUUCCAAAUGCUAUGGGAGUUUGACACCACACUCCUGGCAUUACCUAGAAAACUUGUAAUUCUCAGAAUGAAACCCUGCUUCGGUACAUGGUUUAGAGUGACCUCCCUUCUGGUGUCCACCUGCUUUUUAUAAAUGACACUCGGCACUUUGCUCUGGUGGGAUAUCUAAACGCUGUGCACAGCUUUUAGAAUGAGUACACCUUUCCCUGGGAGCAACUCAAGUUGUCACUCACCCAGUGAGAGAGCCCAGUGCUUGGUGCUGGCCUCAGGUGCAUUGAUUUCUUUUGUGGUAGAAGACACAGCCGCCUCAGCUCUCCAUUGGAAACAGAUAGAUCCUGGUACAGCUGCAGGGAUUUUGGAGAAGUGCAUUCUCCUCUCUUUAAAUUGCUGGCACUCAGAUGAGAGUGAGCAUUUGGAAAGCAGUGACACUCGGGGACCCUUCCUGGCUUGCCCCACACAGGCACGAACGCACAAGCUGGUGCACAGUGCAGAAACCACAAGAGACCGCGCCAUCGGAUUGGUGGAAUAAAUCACCCCUUGUCACUGUUCCAACCACGUUGCUAAAAAUAAAAGCUACCUUUUGUUCCUUGGCUGUAAUUUCCAAGUUUGAGAAACCAUUAAGUUCUUGCCUCAUUAGAAAACAGUUGUGUAAAAAGAUUCUGAGCCCCACAUAUUAUGGAAAUCAAGUGCUUUUGUAUUAGAACUGUAUCGUGGUGAAACAGAAGUUUAUCCUUUCCAAGAAGACUGAAAAAAAGUCUUAACCACAGUUAACUGCUUGAUGUCAGAGAAAAGGCUCAAAGCCCACAUGCUCUUAAUAAAGGCCAACUCCUGGGAGGAAAAGGCGCACCAUGUGCAGUUAUGUUUUACAAUAUGGGCUAACCUGGGUGGGUUAAAGUAGAGGAUACAUUUCCCCAUGUCCUGAUAAGUGUCCUUUCAGGAACACAUACAUCCUUAUGUCUGCUUGAAGUGGUCUACACCACUCUGGUCUCAGCGGCCUGUGUCUGAUUUUGCUCUAGCGUUCUUUAUAGCUCCCUAGUCUUAUUUGGCCUUAGAAAACUUGUCACUGAGGGAUGGGUGGUGUACAUAUCUGAAGUUUAGGACUCUGUCCCCUUUAUUUCAUAAUAAAGUUGGAAAGCAUUGAUCUGUAAAUAUACACGUCCCCCUGUUGCUGCCUUAGACAUACAUGAACGGUGAGGACUGUGUGACCAGACCCUGUCCUGAACCCUGCUGAAGCUGCGGAGCUCUUUGGAAACGCCUGGCAGGUUUCCAGGCAGCAGCCUCUAGCCUGGGGACCUUAGCAGUAGCUGACCCAUUGAAGACUUCAGUGGGCGGGGCUAAAGACUCCAGUGGGCGGGGCUUCCUUCAAGGUCACCAUUCCCAAUGGGUUCCUCUGCCUUCCUGCUAGGCACUGUUUUCUGUCCCCUCUUUAUUCCUGAUUGUACUUGCUGGGGAUCAAACCCACAGGCACGAAUGUUCUGUCAUCCUGCCUCAGCCUCCCAAGUGCUGGGAAUACAAGCAUUAUCCCGUUGGGCUCCCUCUGGCUUUUUUUCUUUUUUUCAGAGUCUUAAGCCCAGUUUCACUCCUCUCCUGCAUUCUUUUGCAAAGCCCCUGUGGGGUUCUUUACUGGAGACACCUGCUCUGAUUUCGGUAUUGCUUUUAGUCUCCUGGCUGCUUUUCUUGCUUAAUAUCUGGCAACACGAUUUUCCCUUCAAGUAUGCCAAGCAAUUCAGUUAGACAGUCACAUUCAAGAAGAAAGGCCUGGCCUGACUCAAGGCGGAUACAUGUCUUGCUGGAGUCUGCCUCCGAAUGCUUUAAGACUGAGCACGGCAAGCCUGGGCCUGGGCAGGCCUGUCUUGGGCCUUAGUGCCAUCUUCCCUUGAUUUUCCUUGUUCCUCCUUCCCAAGUCUUUCUGCCUGCUAAUUAACCUCGCCAAGAUGUCAGGGACUUUGCAUCCCCAAUCCCUGUGUGCUAUGUGCCAGGACUGGCAGUGGCUACCCUAGAAAACUUGGGACUUCAAGGUGAUCAGAGUUGUUACAGCUUUUAUGGCAUGAAGGCAAAAAAAUGUGUUAGCCAGGAAUAAUUGAUUCUAUAUGUAUGCAAGAUCUUUGAGAAUGUGUUGCCCUGUUGAAAUUGUAUUCAAGAAAUAUAUUUUUACAGAUUUGUACUUAACAUUCAUUCAGUGAUAAUCCAGAUAAUUUUGUAAUCCUUUUAUGGCUUCAGCAAAUAUUCAGUUAUGUUUUAUCAUUGUAUAGAAAAUAUAUUUUAUUAUCUAAGAUAACAGAUUUGUGUCUGUGUGGCUAAUGCACCUUCCCGGUGGUUCCAGUUGAAUGUGUGAAACUAGACUAUACCUUCUAUCUAGAACAACCGUAUUGAAACUGUUAAUUCUACCCAUUGUAAAAUGGCACCAUUCUAUUGCCUCUGGUAAAUGACAAAUAAUUUAAUACCUAAAAAUAUUGUAUUUACAGAGAAAAUAUAUUUGAAAGUGAAUAUUUGAUUUUCAAAAUAAAUUUUAUUUGAAAGAAUUUUUUUUAAA